AUGGCCUCGUAUUCCAGAGCAUUUUCAUUGAAUUCUAUUUUGGCAUUGAUACUAAAAUUCCCAUUAUUUUCAUUUGUAAUUGGGUUUCUCGAGGAUUUUAUUAUAGCAGUGCUUAAAACUGGGCCCAUACCUCGACACGUUGCGUUGAUAAUGGAUGGAAAUAGAACCUAUGCAAAAAAGAACAAGUUACCACUAAAGGAGGGCCAUUUUGCCGGUGCAAGUGCAUUAAUCAAAGUUCUUGAAGUAUGCUAUAAAUUAGGUAUCGAACAAGUAACGAUUUACGCAUUUUCUUUGGAGAACUUCAACCGCCUGAAAGAAGAAGUUGACGCCUUGUUUGGCUUGUUGCGUGAUAAGUUAAAGAUGUUGUCAGAGUAUGACGAUUCAUAUGCCAAGUAUAACAAGGUUGCGAUUAAAAUAAUCGGUAACAGGGAAUAUAUUCCUGAAGACAUUCUCAAAGAUUUAGUGGCUAUUGAAGACUCAACAAAGAAUAACGUUUCGAAAAAAGUUUUGAACGUUUGCUUUUCUUAUACUGCGCGUGAUGAAAUGACGCAUGCGAUUAAAUCGAUUAUGCAAAAGAGAAUUGACGGCAAGAUCCAACAUCGCGAUGAAAUUGGGAUCAAUACCAUCGAGUCGAAUUUUUACUUCGAUGACAACGUCCCCCCAUUAGAUAUUUUGAUCAGAACGAGUGGUCAUACCAGACUAAGUGAUUUUUUACUUUGGCAAUGCUCAACAAGUUGCACAAUCGAGUUUCCUGAGACUUUGUGGCCGGACUUUGGAUUUGUAAGCAUGAUUUCAGUCUUGUUCAAAUGGAGUUACUACAAGACUUUGCAGUUGGAAGAAGAAAAUAUGUGUGGAACCCAAUUUGAGAUACAAGAAUCUAUUGCACCUGUUCUGCUUAAAGAAUUGCCAAAACCACCGCCAACCAUAUCCGUGUCUCAAAAGUGA